AUGAAGUUGAAUCUUACUUUUUUGGCACUCGCCUUCGCCGGAAAAUCGGAUAAAAAAUGCCGCGCGUGUGACGAUUUGAUAAGUCGGUUUAAUGAUUGGCAUAAAAAUCCAAAUAUGGUGUGCGAUCGGUACACUUCUCCGAAGUUUAUUGCCAAAGGAAAUCUUAGAGGAGCUUCCGGAUGGUGGCACAAGACUGGUGAGAAACUCAUGAACCAAUACGUCGAUAAGGCAGCAGAACUGCACCAAGCUCGCCUCGAUUUGCGCGCCGCGAACAAGCUUGAAAAAGAGCUCGCCAAAUACAAUAAGCAGAAGAAGAAAAUUGAAGAGCAGAAGGCGAAGGCUGAAAAUAAAGCGUUCAAGAAGGCUGACUGGGAAGCAUGGAGAGAAGACCAGCGACAGAAAAAUGAAGAAGCUCGUGCCCAGAAAAAACAGGAAAAGAAAGAACGUAAGGCAGCAGCCAAGGCCCUCAAGGAGCUCAAAAAGGAGCAACGACUUGCGAAGAGACUGCUUGCGGAUCAAAAUAAGGCACUCUUCGCGUUCUAUGCAAGCCUUGAAGAGCACUAUGAGCCAGUCUGCCCGGACCUUUACCUGAUUGAAGGCAUCCAAAACGAGACUGUGGUUGCAAGAAAAUACGAGAAUUUUCUCCGAACACUUGCGUAA